UACGACCCAAAGAACAUGGAGUAUCUGAAGGAGCUGCAGGUGACCGACCUCUUCUUGGACAUGCUCACUGAGGAGAAUGAGAACUUUGUGGAGUUUGGGAUGGGGGGGCUGUGUAACCUGAGUAUGGACCCUGAAUGCAGAGACAUGAUCCUGCAGAGCAGCGGGAUCAGCCUGGUCACAAAUCGUCUGUCGAGCCGGAGGGAGGAGACCGUCCUGUCAGCCAUCACAAUACUGAUGAACCUCAAAACGCCCUCAUCGCGGUCAGAGAUCACUGAUCCGGCCAUCCUGCAGUGCAUGCUGCGUUUCUCUCUGUCGGAGAGCCCCCGCCUGCGCAACCUGGCUGCUGUGUUCCUGCAGGACUGCUGCACCGAGGAGCAGGUGGCCCGAGCGGAGCAGCAGAUGCAGGGACAGCAGACGGCAGUCGGCAUACCGCUGCCCAAGGAAUAAAUUACAGCUGAGGUACUCAUGUUGGAGGACCAGUGGACAAGUUUGGUCUCUGAGAGAAUAAGAAAUAUGUCUACAGGCUAGAACAGCCUCCACUCUCCUGGUUUCAGUCUUUUCACCACAUUUUGGAACCUGGUUGCUUGGAUUUGCUCCCAUUCAGCCACAAGAGCAUUCAUGAGCUCCAGUACUGAUGCUUGGUGAUCUGGCUCAGUCAGUAUUGGAUGGGGUUGAGGUCUGAGCUCUGUGCAGGCCAGUCAAGCUUUAUAGAGCUGGCUUUGUGCACGAGGCUCGUUGUCAUGUCGAUACAGGACAAAAACAUACACAAACUGUUGACGCAAUGAUAGAAGUAAUAUUUUUAUUGUCUAAAAUUUCUAGAUUUUCCUUAACUGUCUACACUAUUUUGGCCAUAUAGUGUAUUUUUAAUGCUAAAGAACUUUUAAUCUAAUGUUCCAAUUAGAGUUUGGGAUUGCAAAAUACACUAACAAGAUCCCUCUUACAUUAUAAGACAUUUAAAGGACUGAAAGUGCUUCAGUACAGCAGGAGAGCCACAACCUGACAGCAGAACUGGGACAGCUUCAUAUUUUGUGUCUUUCAGUGAUGCCUGCAGCCUCAGUUUUAAUGAUCUUCUUGUGCAUCUUCAUUCCCUUAAAUAUGGAAUUUAACCUGCAGAUACAAGCUGCUAUUUUACAUCAAAGUGCACGUCAGAGCUGUUUGAAUUGAAGUGUUGUGCUCUUUCUUGCCACACGAGGGAGACUGGAUAGAAGGAUGAAGGGCUUGUUCUGCCUUAAGCGAUUGGCAGCAGGCAGUGUGAGUGUUUAAGAGAUUAAUCCAGUUGAUUAUUAAUGGCACAAAAACAGCAUGUGAACAAUUUGAUUUUGUUGACUUCCACACUGAUUGCCAAAAACUGUCUUAAGUGUACAGAGAGAAGGGAUCACUGACUGUAGUAUCAACAUCACCACCUAUCCCCCCCUCCCCUAAAAAAAAAAAUGUACAUUCCUUUGGCUUUGAAGUAAUUUCCUAAGACCCGGUUCGGAUGCUGGAGCAUGUUAAAGCCAACUGGUUGACUCUUGCACUUGGCGCGCUCUGUAAGAAUACCAUGUCCUGAAACAUUAAAUCCAAACCCAAAA